CAUUAUAUAUAUUUUUGUCGAGGAUUUCACCUUAACUUUGAGUCUAGACUGAACCCAAGAAAAAAGAAAGAAAACCCGAUACUUUGCAGUCCAUUUUUUUGGCCCAUAAGCCUUUUUCGGUCAACCUAAGGCCCAUAAGAUGUUUUGCGCGAACUUAAGACCUAUAGGCUUGAGACAGGAAACCCAACCCCCCAGGGUUUUGGAUUUUAAGUCAUAGUUCGAGGCUUUUGGUCGGAGCGUGAGCAGAAGAAAACGGCCGACUCAGCCCUUUCAUUCUCUUUCUCUCUGUUUGUUUGCCCAGAAAACACUUUCCAGGAAAAGAAGACAGAAGCUGUAAACCUUCGAUGGCUUACCAAAAGGAGCUUCUGGUAAGCUCAAAGGCCGAGCUUAAACGGAAACAAAAAGAAAAAAAGAAAGCAAAAUCUGGCGGCUUUGAGUCCUUAAACCUCAGCCCUAAUGUCUACAGAGGAAUCAAGCGGAAAGGGUACAGAGUACCUACUCCGAUUCAGCGCAAGACCAUGCCGCUUAUUCUCGCUGGACACGACGUCGUUGCCAUGGCACGGACAGGUUCGGGGAAAACGGCGGCUUUUUUAUUGCCGAUGCUGGAGAAGCUGAAGCAGCACGUGCCUCAGGGCGGUGUCCGAGCCCUCAUUUUGUCUCCUACUAGAGAUUUGGCCUUGCAGACGUUAAAGUUUACCAAGGAAUUGGGAAAAUUUACAGAUCUUCGUAUUAGUUUGCUUGUUGGUGGUGAUAGCAUGGAAAGUCAGUUUGAAGAGUUAGCAAUGAACCCUGAUAUUAUUAUUGCUACUCCUGGUAGACUGAUGCACCAUCUAACUGAGGUUGAUGAUAUGUCACUUCGUACUGUGGAAUAUGUGGUAUUUGAUGAAGCAGAUUCACUCUUUGGCAUGGGUUUUGCUGAACAAUUGCAUAAAAUCCUUACCCAGCUUAGUGAAAACCGCCAGACCUUGCUCUUCAGUGCAACAUUACCGAGUGCCCUUGCUGAGUUUGCUAAGGCUGGUCUGCGAGACCCACAACUUGUGCGGCUUGAUUUGGAAACCAAGAUUAGCCCUGACCUGAAACUUAUGUUUUUUACCUUACGUCAGGAAGAGAAACAUGCAGCAUUGUUGUACUUGGCAAGGGACCAUAUUAGUUCUGAUCAGCAAACUUUGAUAUUUGUUUCCACGAAACAUCAUGUGGAGUUCCUUAAUAUUUUGUUUAGAGAAGAGGGUAUUGAGCCUUCUGUGUGCUAUGGUGAUAUGGAUCAAGAUGCUCGGAAAAUUAAUAUCUCAAAAUUCAGAUCAAGAAAAACUAUGUUGCUUGUUGUGACAGAUGUUGCAGCUAGGGGUAUUGACAUACCUUUACUUGAUAAUGUUAUCAACUGGGACUUCCCUCCAAAACCCAAAAUUUUUGUUCAUCGAGUGGGCCGAGCAGCAAGGGCAGGUCGAACUGGUACAGCAUUUUCCUUUGUGACAGCUGAGGAUAUGCCAUACCUUCUAGAUCUUCAUCUAUUUCUCUCGAGGCCAAUCAGGGCUGCACCUACUGAAGAGGAGGUUUUGCAGGAUGUGGAUGGAGUAAUGAAUAAAAUUGAUCAAGCAAUUGCAAAUGGAGAAACUGUUUAUGGACGUUUCCCACAAAAAAUUAUUGAUCUUGUUUCAGAUAGGGUUAGGGAAAUGAUCGAUUCAUCUGCAGAACUGAUGAAUUUGCAAAAAACUUGUACGAAUGCUUUUCGUUUGUAUUCAAAGACUAAACCUCAACCUGCAAGGGAGUCCAUCAAAAGAGCAAAGGAUUUGCCCCAUGAAGGGUUGCAUCCAAUCUUCAAAAACUUGCUGGAAGGAGGUGAAUUGGUGGCACUUGCAUUUUCUGAACGCUUGAAAACUUUCAGACCCAAGCAGACAAUUCUGGAAGCUGAAGGUGAAGCCGCUAAAUCAAAGCAUUUGCAGGGUUCCUCUGGUCAGUGGGUUGAUGUGAUGAAGAAGAAGAGAGCUAUACAUGAGGAUAUCAUUAAUCUGGUUCAUAAGCAGCGCUCUAGCAAUCACAUGGAAAAGGAAGUCCAGUCUGAAGUUACUCCUUUGAAGAUGAAGGAGAUGAAAGAAGCUCGAGGUUCCAAAAGAAAGGCAAAGAACUUCAAGGAUGAGGAGUAUUACAUAAGUUCUGUGCCAACAAAUCAUCAUACAGAGGCUGGCCUCUCAGUAAGAAGUAAUGAAGGGUUUGGAUCAAACAGGUUGGAGUCUGCUGUCCUGGAUCUUGUUGCUGACGAUGGUGAAGGUUUGCAGAAACAAAAAUCCAGAUAUCAUUGGGACAAGAGGAGUAAAAAGUAUGUCAAACUGAAUAAUGGUGAACGUGUUACAGCUAGUGGAAAGGUUAAGACAGAGAGUGGUGCAAAAGUAAAAGCUCAGAAAACAGGAAUAUACAAGAAGUGGAAAGAACGAUCUCACAGAAAAGUAUCUGUCAAAGGAACAAGUAAUGGAGAGAAUGCUGAGGAGACGACAAAUUCAUCAGGAGACUAUCGCUCACGAGGUAAUGGUAGAAACUUCAGAGGGAACAAGAAAUCGCAGCACACUAUGCCUAAUGCUCAUGUGCGUUCAGAAAUUAAAGAUUUUGAACAAGUACGAAAGGAAAGGCAGAAAAAAGCUAAUAAAAUAUCAUACGUGAAGGGCAAAGCCAACAAGACCAAGGGUAAAAAACCGGGCAGAAGUGGAAAACGAGGAAAGUCCAAGUAGUAGAAGCUUGCGAGAUUUGAUUGCAAAGAGAUUGUUGCAGUUUUAGAGUCCACAAAAGCAGAUGACAUAUAGCUUCUUACUAGCAAAAUCAAAGGGGCUCGAAAAUGUUGACCUUCCAACAAUUUUUUUUUUAAUGAGCAUUAAACUUAACUGCUGCAAUAGUAUCACAGAUGAUGCUCAUUCCCUUUUUAUUGUAUUGAGUUAGUUGGGUCUUAUUUAUAUGCCACACAAGGGUUUUUUUUCCGCCUUGAGGAAAAGCUGGAAGCUGGAAAUUGUUAGAUAAGUGGACGUUAUUUCUGUUUGGUUGAGGGGCAAAAGAAUGUGAUUUAUGACCUUAUUAUUGCAUAGAAAUGCAGGGAAUAUGCUUAACAAAUUUGUAGGAAUGAAGGCAGAUUCCAGCUUCAUAGGCAGUACAAUACUCAAUGGGCAUGGAUUUAGUACCAAACUGCUUAUGUAUUAAACAAGUCAUCAUUCACUACACCAGCAGAAAGAUAUCCAAUGCAAUUGGUGCAGAAAGCAAAGCUGAUCAAAUGUAUUAUUCAAUUCUCGAGUUGCCUAAAGGGCUUCAACUUUGAUGCUAUAAGCAGGUUUUCAUGAUGUUUGCUAUUCACUUUUGUCAUAACGAUGCAGCAUUUCUUUGACUAGUAUGUUAGAAAGUAUAAUUACCAUGUUUUUCUGGGCCCUCCCACAGCCAACAGCUAAUGAGUAGGGAUGGUGGGAGAAUCUGUAUAAUUUUGAUUUGUGCGUCAUUUUUUAAUGGAAAACAGUUAAGAAUGAUCCUAAUAACUUUCAACAUUGGCAAUAAUGAACUGAUUUAAGCAUUAGUUUCAUUCAGGGGCAAUAACAGGCUAUGUGAUGAUCUCUUCCUUGUAUAGAGGUUGAUUCAUCUUUGCUACCUUUAUUUCAAAAAAGGGUUAAUAUAA